GGAGAGACGGGGUGUGGAGAAGAGCGAGGAGAAAGGACCUGGUAGCGGUGACUUGGAAAUGUGAUGGCUUCUCCUUGUCUAUCUUCUCAGCACGACCAGCUCCACGGCCAGCAGCUGCGACACGGAGUUCACGAAGGAGGACGAGCAGAGGCUGAAGGACUACAUCCAGCAGCUCAAGAACGACAGGGCGGCGGUCAAGCUGACCAUGCUGGAGCUGGAGAGCAUCCACAUCGACCCUCUCAGCUACGAUGUCAAGCCCCGGGGAGACAGCCAGCGGCUGGACCUCGAGAAUGCGGUGCUGAUGCAGGAGCUGAUGGCCAUGAAGGAGGAGAUGGCUGAGCUGAAGGCCCAGCUCUACCUGCUGGAGAAGGAGAAGAAGGCCCUGGAGCUGAAGCUGAGCACCCGGGAGGCCCAGGAGCAGGCCUACCUGGUGCACAUCGAGCACCUGAAGUCCGAGGUGGAGGAGCACAAGGAGCAGCGCAUGCGGUCCCUCAGCUCCACCAGCAGCGGCGGCAAAGACAAGCCUGGCAAG